AUGUCUACAUUCACCUGCUUCCCUCUCCUUGCCGGCGAACUCCAACUUCGAAUCUGGGAGCUAUCGAUUUCAGACAAACCAGCCUUGCUCCCUCGUCGCCCCAUGGCUGCUCUCGCAGCCUGUCGAGACUCUCGAACCACCUACCUCAAAGUUUACACGCGUUUCUUCAAAAGCAGUGCACGUUCCCUCUUCGAAUAUCCCAUAUCUCUCUAUGCCAAUACGGCUCUCGAUUCCACGCUUUUCUUGGAUAACGAGUCUAUCCUCCUGAAGAACUUCGAGGAUUGGAUCGAACCUGGCUUCAAGGAUACGAUCCGGCAUUUGGCAGUUGAAGACACUUUCUGGCGACAACCGGAACCACGACCAGAGCAGCUCUCGAAUGAUUUGCGGUUCAAGCUCUUCCAUGCCAACACAGGGAUCGAAGGGAUAGUAGUCGUCAAUGUUGUCUUGACGAGCGCCGACUUCCCAGGGGAAGUUCAGGAGCAGACACGAGAGACUGAAAAGAAGAAGCUGGACUUGAAUGAUAGAACAUUGGCUAUCUGCGAGGCGACAUAUCCCGAAGAUCCUCUUGUAAUGGAAAGUGUACGCGGCGUUUACAGAACUUUGAAUGAAUUACAUCAGGCGGGGUAUUUUGAGAGCUGGGUUGAGCCCGAGUUGAGAAUGACGAGGAUUUUGUAUAAUUGA